GCCGCUAAUAUAUCUGCACACCUCACUCCAACACUCAGCAUCACCGCGCCCACAGCGACCGAGCCGCACUCGAGUCUGUACGAUGGCCUGCUACGAAGCAUACCGUCGCAAGUCCAUCUGCCAGUGGGUAAUGUGCCACGGCAGUCAUAUACCUGAUGGUGCGGUGCCCGGCGGUGAAGACGACGGGGAGACCAUAUACGUCGGACGCGCAUUACACGACGGUGAUGUCCUUCCGGGCAAAGUGGUGCCUUCGCACAGCUGCUGCUACGUCUCCCAUGCUCGCGCCGAGCACAGCUACAGCAGCUAUCAAGUGCUAAUCUCCGAUGAUCCUGACAUGGCUUGGGUACCAGCUUCCGAAGGCUCGGUGCCAACUGGCGCCAUCCAGGGCGGCAUGACCAGUUCAGGAGAGCCGCUGUACAUCGGCCGAACCUUCCACGAAGGAACGCUGACCAUUGGAAAAGUGCACCCAUCGCACAAUUGCCUGUAUAUACCAUACGGCGGUGACGAACACCACUACACCGACUAUGAAGUGUUGGUUUGCAACACAAUAAACUUCUGAAAAGUGCACUAUGGAA